AUGGAUAGGUCUGAAUUUGAGAUUGGUAUUGUGCGAGCCAUAUUCGUGCAGGACAAGUAUAAGAGUGAGGUCAUGGCUUUGCUUGUAAGAUUGAACAGCUACUACAAAGUGACAAGUGGACCAAAGGAAAAGUUCUUUUGUCCGUAUCAGAACUUUAGAUGCAUUAGGUGUCCUACACUCAUAGAAAUUUCUUUUAGGAAGUUCUUCUUGACCGUUAUUGAUCCUGUUUCUUGA